ACAUAGUGACAGAGACAGAGAAGGUUCCAGGCAAAUGGGAAACAUCCCAUUAAGGAAAAUUGGUCUCAAACAUAGGGAGUCUUUAAAUAAUGUCCACUCCGGAAAUAUGCUAGAAAGAAGGGAACCAAACACAUGAUGUUGCCCUGCUACUUGGAUUGCUGGAUCAUAUGAUGGGUGGUUCUGCUUGUAGAUUUCUUAGGAGUCUCCAUACUUAAAUGGACAUAAACCCCUGUGUAAGGCCUGCACUAAUUUACAUUCUCACCCAAAAGAAUGCACAUAUAUCCUUUACUCUGCAACCUCACCAGAAAUAUGUUCCUUUUGUCUUUUGGAUAAUAGCUAUUCUGACUGAAAUGAGAUGACAUUUUGUCGUGGAUUUGAUUUGCUUUUGCCUUACGUAUUAGGGAUGAUGAGCACUUUGUAGUAUGCCUGCUGGGCAACUGUGUGUUUUACGUAAACAAAGGAAUAUUCAUGUCAUUAGCCCAUCCAGUUUCAUGCUCUUUAGUCAUUUGAGUCCCUAUGUACUGUAAGUAUUCACUCAUUGUAAGAUGUAUGGUGAUCCAAUAAUUUCUCCCAUCCUGUAGGAUGUCUCCUCCCUCUGUUUAGUUUCCUGUGUUCUGAAGCACCUUAGUUUGAUAUAACCCCAUUCUCUGUUUUUGAUGUUCUUUACUGUUCUUUUGCAGUCACUUUGAGAUCAUCAUUACCAACACCACUGUCAUGGAGCUUCUUCCUUCUGAUUUCCUCUGGUGUUUCUAUCGUUGCAUGUAUGACAUUAAGGACUGCAAAAUGAUGGAAGUGAAUCAGCCUGGCAAGCUGUUCAUUUGUGGUCUAAGUAGAGAAGCCAAGGAAAGGAUGCUUAAGGCAGUAUUUGGGAAACAUGGUCCCUUAUCAGAAGUUCUUUUGAAGAAAAUCGAACCGACAAGUGCAGAGGCUUCACAUUUAUUCCUUGUGAGAACGCUGCAGAUGCUAAGAAUGCUGCCAAAGAUAGGAAUGGAAAGCUAAAUGAUGGAAGUGAAUCAGCCUGGCAAGCUUUUCAUUGGUGGGCUAAGCAGAGAAGCCAAUGAAAAGACGCUUAAAGCAGUAUUUGGGAAACAUGGUCCCUUGUCGGAAGUUGUUUGGAAGAAAGAUCGAAAAAACAAGUGUAGAGGCUUUGCAUUUAUUACGUUUGAGAACCCUGCAGAUGCUAAGAAUGCUGCCAAAGAUAUGAAUGGAAAGUUUUUGUAUGGAAAAGCAAUAAAAGUAGAACAAGCCAACAAACCAUCCUUUCAAAGUGGUGGUACGCGGAGAAUACCACCUCCUUCAAGACACAGAAGCCCCUUGGGAAGUCUGAGAUCUACAAGAAGUAGUGGAGGAACAAGAGGGCGGCAUCACUCACGUGGAGGACACUUGGGUGAUGGCGGAUACACUCUUAAUCUCCACAUGAGUUCUUCUAGGGGAACGUUUGGAGUUAAAAGAGGUCCAUAUUCAAGAAUUGGAAGUCCUCCUCCUAAAAAAUCUGCUCCUUCAACUGUGGCAAGAAGCAAUGAUGGGAUGGGAGGCCAAGGUCCCAUGUCACGUGGAAGAGAGAGCUACGCAGGUCCUUUACGCAGAGAGCCAUUCUCCUCCUGGAGAAACGACAGUAUGUCACCAAGAGAUGAUGCUUAUGCAACUAAGGAUAGAAAUCAUCCAGGUUUUCGAGACACCAGGUGUUAUGCUCCACCACGUAAAGACUAUGCAUGGUGUGAUUAUGGUCGUUCUCGCCGUGAUGAACAUUCCUCUAGAGGAUACGGUGAACAUGAUGGCCGUGGUAGAGAUGAUUCAGAACCAAGUGGAUGUUCUUACAGAGAGGCAUAUCAGAGUUAUUGUAACAGUCCAGGGACCUCUCGUGGUGCACCACCUGCACCAGCUCCUCGUAUGACUUUUGGUGGAAGCAGUCGCCAUGAUUAUAACAAUACACGAGAUAGGUAUGACAGAAGUCGGGAGAGUUACUCAAGGAGCCGUGGUGAUUUCUAUUCCAGUGGUCGUGAGCACAGUGGCAGAAAAGAACGAACAUAUCCACCUUCAGUGGAUAGGGUGCGCCGUGAUCCUCAUGAAGAAUAUGGGAGCUCAAGUUACAGGGCUUCUAGAAAAGAUGUUGGGGGAAGACGAUCUGAAAAAGGAGACUGAAGCAGAUAUUUAAAAUAAUAGCUCUUGCAUACCAAACCUUCCUUGGUUAUCGAAAAUUAAAAUGUUGUUUCUGCAUUAUUACCGGAGUACCAUUACUAGAAACAGGUUAGUUUUGUGGGGAGAGGUAGAUAUUAACUUCCUCCAUGAAUUUUUUGAGCUGAAAAGGAAUUUUUUUUCAAAAUAAUUUCAUUAUUUUUAAUACUGUUUGAAAGCUAUCUAUUUAGGUGUAAUGUGUGUAGUAAAAUUUUCAGAAUAAACCUAUACAUGGAAUGCA